ACGGCAACCCUCUCCCAUAGGUAAUGCACCGCAAUGAUAGCAGCGAAGGGCUCGCGGCCCUGGGCCAGUCAGUCAGUCUGCCACGGCGGUGCGGUACGAGCGUGGGAUAAGGCGCAGCGCGUAACCAGAGCAGUGACGUCUCAAAGCAUCAGGCACUGGACGCCCCACGAGUCUUCCAACCAUGGUGACCAAGGACCACGAGGGCGGCGGCGGGCAGGAUCGAGCCAAGGGUCGGGUUGUCCCUAGUUUGGUUAGCCUCACCCUGGCCAAGGUGCAGCGCAUGCUCACCUCCGCCGUUAGGAGCAGCAGUUGGCCCAAGUGUAAGCCGACGCUCACCAACGCCAUCCAAUCUCAGGUCCCGCACCACCUGCGGCAGAAACUACAGAACACGGUUCUACAUGACUGGAGGCUGUACGACACCAUCUCGCUGAGGCUGCUGGAGGUGCUGCUGUCCUCUGCCACCAGUUCCCUGCGGCUGGCACACGUCAGGGUCUUUUUCCGUGACGCCUUCCUCGGGCUCCUCCACCGCCUCACUGGCCUUCAGGAGUUCACUCUACAGGACUCAGCGUGGACGCUGAGCAGACAGCAAAUGGGCGUGAUGGUCGACGCAGUAAGCAACAUGACCAACCUGCGAGUCCUUAUCCUGCACCACUGCGGACACAACCUACUGCUGGCAGCCGCCGCCUCACACUGUCCACACUUACAGGUGGUGAGCGUGCGAGGCUCCCGGGCGGUGGACGACUCCGGGGUAUGGAGCCUGCUGACUACGCCUCCGCGACGCCCCGCCCACCCACACCACAGCCACAAGAAGACCAGCGUCCUCACGAGCUGGUACAGCGUCAUCAAGUCCCUCACCUCCAUCACGGCGGCCUUCAACUUACUAUUCACGCAGAGCGACAAGGUGCCCAUAGAGGAGCUCCCUCGGUCUCUGUCCUCGGAGGCUCUCAACAGCAAAACAGCCUUCGAAAUGAGUCCCUGCUGCACCACCCUCACCUUCGUCGACGUCCGGUGCACCAGCGUUACCACCGCGGGCGUGUGCAUCCUCAGGCAGGCGCUGCACCCCCGCGCCCACAUAGCCCACGAGGCGUAUCAGAAAUUAUGAGCACACGAACACUAUAAUGAGUCUGUGAUGCUAGCUUCUUAUCAUCUUGUCUUUUUUCCGUCCUAUGUGCAUCUUGUGUGUGUGUGUGUGUGUGUGUGUGUGUAUGUGUGUGUUCAUACGUAAAAGUGUGGUUGAUUCGAAGCCGUGUGUUUCGUCGGCCUGCCAUUCCAAGUCUAGUCGUUCGUCACCCAAACAUCAUCCUCUCAUCGCCGAAAUAUUCUGUGUCUCAUCACCUCUUACCACUUCACUUACACUCUUAACUCUACCAUCAAUCAUCGUCCGAGUCUUCCUUUGAUUUAAAUACCAUAUGCAGGGCUAAGCGUGUAUCUUUAAGUGAUACAAUAAACCAUGUUUUCAAAUAA